GCUCUUUUUUUUCACUCCUCCAUUGCCUUUUAAUAAGCAGAGCUUUCCAAUUUUUCAUCUCAUAUCAAUCUUUUCGGUGUUGAUUAUUCGCCGGCGUAAUGCAGGGGCGAGCCGCCGCCGCCGCCAUCAGUCGUAUGCGCUCGAGUAGUGAAAGAUCGUCUAGCUCCGCUUUUCAACUUGAUGUUAAAGAAGAUAUAGGAGCGGAGAGUGAUGAGGAGGAGAUAAGCAGAGUUCCGCAGAUCUGCGACAACUCCGGCUCCACCGUCGGCAUUUCAGCGCCAGGUAAAGCGCCCGCAUCAGAUAGCGUAAGGAGCAGAGGGCGAAGUGCGGCUGAGAAAGAAAGAAAAAGGCUGAAGAGAUUGUUAAGGAACAGAGUUUCAGCACAACAAGCAAGGGAAAGGAAAAAGGUGUACUUAAGCGAGUUGGAAGAAAGAGCAACAAAUUUGGAGAAAAGGAACUCGGAGCUUGAAGAGAAGUUGUCCACGUUACAGAACGAGAAUCAAAUGCUUAGACACAUACUGAAGAACACAACAACCAACAAGAAAAGUGAUAGCGAUGCUACUAAAUGCUAAGGGAAACGAAACCAAAAUUGAUAUAGCGGUAUGACAAGGUAAAUUUACUCUAGUAUUAGUAUGUGUACAUAAUAACCAUGUCGACUCGAAAGAAAUUAAAUGAAUAAUUAAGUAUGGGGUAGGCUUUAAUUUCAUGUGUCGGGAUAAAUUAUUUAACAUGACAAAUACAAAUAUUUGUUGCUUUUUAUAUAAUCAUUUGAUGUAUGAUAAAGAAACUGGAAAUUUCUUAGCA